AUUGGCCUGAUGUAUGAGCUUCUUUAGUUGCUUUGACGAGCCGGGUGAUGGCGCGCCCCACUCCCGUUGCUCGGUCAGGUUGAGGAUGGGGACAGGACACCAGGACACGAACAAGGGGGACGGCGUCCAGGGGUGGCGCAACAAGUAACAGAAACAGGGGACGCAGUAGUAAAUUGGUAGCUUGUAUCUGUAGUAACCCCGAUGAUCGAUAUGAUGUGAUGGUGUGUGGAAAUACGAUUGUCAAUAAAAGGCGACGCGUCCUCUGCUCCUUAAGGUCUUGUUUCUAUUUUCUCUCCCCAUCCAACGCUCUCUCACAAGACAAAUAUCAUCACGCUUCUUCGAAGACUUCGUCUUACAGUUCAAUCGUUAACUCGACAACUUACAAUCGCUUCCGUUUAAUUUCAAACAAGACCAACAAACCAUCAAAAUGCGUGCCUCUGUCAUCGUUCCCGCUUUCGCCCUUGCGGCCUUCGCCCAGGAUGCUUCCUCCGUUGCCUCUUCCGUCGCUUCUGCUGCUUCCUCUGCCGCCUCUGUCGCCGUCUCUUCUUUCACUGGCGAUGCUUUCCCCCAGACCUCUUUCCUCACCCAGACCGACUCCCGUGGUGUUGUCACUGGCCAGCCCGCUGUUGAGACCUCCAUCCCCAACCAGCCCGCUGCCUCUCUCUCCAUCCCUCCCGUUGCCACCUCCGUAGGUGUGCCCGCCUCCAUCCCAGCCGUCGGCACUGGCGUCCACACCAUCCCCGUCGCUGGACCUAACAACUCCACCCGUACUCUCAUCGUGUCUGCCAACAACAGCACCACCAUCAUCCUCAACGAGGGUACCUCUGCUGCCUCCGGCUCCGGCUCUUCUGCCACCACCACUGGUGGAUCCCGCCCAUCUGGCUCCGGAGCCUCUGGCUCGGGCGCUACCGGUGCCACUGGCACUGGUGCUCCUCAGAGCACCCCCAACAACGCCAACAUCCGCGUUGCUGCUGGCGGUCUCGUCGGUGCCGGUAUGUUCGUUGCCGCUUUCUUGUAAGCGACUCGUCCAUACGUAUCUUCCGUUGGUUGGAACACACCAUCCGAGAUAUAAAAAGCGCGACCUCCAUAUUUAUAACAUCUUCAACUUCAUUGUCGGAUCUGUUCAAACAAACUCAAAUGUUUGGGGUUACUGUCCUUAAUUAUACCCAUGGGAAUUCUUCUUUUUUUGCAUUUCGCAUCAUCAUGAGCGAGCGGCUUUUCGGCGCAUUUGGUUGGGCACACAGUUGGGGUGUGCUCCAAAGGCUGGAUGGAUCGUUCCAAAACAAACAUUCUUGUUAGUAAUAUAGGUAAUAAUUGUCCCUGUUGACAGACAGGACGGAUGGUCCCGUCCCAUCGGGUUGAAGAGGAGGAGGAAUGGUUGUUGGUGGGUUUGCAUGGCU